AUGGCUGUCCAGCCCGGUUGGGCCGCAGCGAAGACACAGGAAAGUUUCGGGAAGGAGGUGACUUUUGAGUCGACUCAAAAGUCACCUCGAGGGGCAAACGUAGCUGUGCCCUCUCGCUCACAUGGUAAUGCGCAGGUAGCUGUGCACUCUCGCUCACAUGGUAAUGCGCAGGUAGCUGUGCCCUCUCGCUCACAUGGUAAUGCGCAGGUAGCUGUGCCCUCUCGCUCACAUGGUAAUGCGCAGGUAGCUGUGCCCUCUCGCUCACAUGGUAAUGCGCAGGUAGCUGUGCCCUCUCGCUCACAUGGUAAUGCGCAGGUAGCUGUGCCCUCUCGCUCACAUGGUAAUGCGCAGGUAGCUGUGCCCUCUCGCUCACAUGGUAAUGCGCAGGCUCUGAGAAGAUAUGACAAAGAGGAGAGGAAGCGUGUGAAGCUUACGAGAGGUGUUCUGGAGGAGCAAGUGGAGCAGCUACAGCACAAGGUGAUGGCUAACCCGUACGAUGACGAGGUGCAGGCUCUGUUGUCCAGCCGGGAAGCGAUGCUGCAGAGAUACUGGGACGGGAGGAGGAAUUGGUUGCAGCUACGGUCGGGGCUUAAAGUGCAGCUGGACGGGGAGGCACCAACAAGUUUCCUGACGGCGCUGGUCAAGAGUAGGAAGGCAAGGACGGGGAUAAAAGAGCUGGUGAGAAAUGGGGUCAGUCACACAGACGCACGGGAUAUACUGGAAGCGGCUACCUGUCACUUCAGAGAGGCGUUCGACGAGGUACCGGCAGGUGUUGCAGAGCCAAGUCUGGAGUGGUUGCCGAGGAACACGUUGGAUGAAGCGGCCGUAGCAAGCCUGUCGCUGGAGUGGUCGGAGCAGGAGGUCAAACAGGCGCUCAAGGAGUUGGCUAACGACAAAUCACCAGGUCGUGAUGGCUUGCCCAAGGAGCUUUUCCAGCGGCACUGGGAGCUGCUACGGGAGCCAGUGAUGAAGAUGAUCGGAGAGUUCACUGCAACAGGGAAGCUACCAGACGUGGCAAACGAGGCGGUCACAAUUUUGCUGUACAAGAAAGGUGCGGAGACGGAUAUUAAGAAUUACAGGCCGAUUACACUGCUUUCAGGGGUGUAUAAACUGCUGGCAAAGGUGGUAGCGACGAGGAUGAAGGCGGUGCUGGGACAGGUGAUUUCAAAAGAGCAGUACGGUUUCUUACCGGGGAGGAGGUUAACGGAUGCGGUGUCGAUGGUAGCCGAUAUGAUUGAGGCGGGCCGGAACGAAAACAGUGACUGGUACCUUCUUCUGAUCGACCUCGAGAAGGCGUACGAUUCAGUGCGCAGGGGCUUUAUGGUGGAAACGGUCGCCAAGCUGGGUUUCCCGCCAAGAUUUGUACGGUGGAUAGAUGCCCUGCACAGCGACGUUCACACAAGGCUGUGUGUUCACGGUUGGGUGGGAGAGAAAAUCGAGAUGAAGAAAGGGGUGCGUCAGGGUUGCCCACUGGCGCCGUACCUUUUUUUGUGCGCGGUGGAGCCUUUGUGCCGGCUCGCAGAGGGAAGAAAACUGGGAAUCGGGGAGGGUAGUUGCGACCGGCUGUCCUAUGUGGGGUACGCGGACGACACGACCUUGUUGCUGGAGGGUGAGCAGCAACUGAAGGAUGCAGGUGUCCUGCUGCAAGAAUACGCGGAGGUGUCGGGGCUGAAGGUGAACAGGGGGAAAUCUGCGGUCCUGCCGAUAGGGAGAAACGUGGGACAGCAGGCACCUGAUGACAUGGAGUACAAGUGGGUGGGGGCAAAUGAGGUUGAGAGGCUUCUCGGUGUAUGGAUUUCACCAGGGGGAGAAGCAGAUGCAACCUGGGAAAAGGCCUUUGACAGAGCAGCAGGGGAGCUGAGCAAGUGGAGUACUAAAUAUCUUACGACUGGAGCACGCGUGACCGUUAUCAACAGCUAUGUUCUUCCAAUCUUCCUGUUUCAAGCGCAGGUGUAUCCGCCGGAUGACCUGUUGUGGCGCAGGGUAGAAAAGCUGAUUGAAAACUUCGUGUCCGGUAGCCACGCUGAUACGGAACGGCACUUCAGACUCUGGAGCGGGGACCUGAUAUACACGCCAAGGGAGCAAGGGGGACUGGGUGUGAUAGAUCCAAGGGGGAGAAUCGACAGUGUGGCGUUGAGAUGCGCGGGCCUGGCGCUGCAGCAGGAAUGUUCACUAAGAAGAGGUUUGUCGGAGAAAGCGGCAGGCCUGCCUCUUGGGUGGGCGACGCUGUACGCGCACAAGGCGGUGCUGAGAGGAGGCUUGUUUAAAAGCAGGAGGUGGGCACGGCUGUGCAAAACUUUUUUAAAGUCGACGGUGGUAACGGUACCAGAGGCGGCAUCUAGGUGGGAAGCAGAAGAGGAGUUUCUCUGUUACAACAGAUGCAUCAUUCACCGCGGUAAUGCAUCGUUCGGUGGACAAAAGGGCACUGAACGGCUGAGAUCGUGGCGUAUGCGGGACAUGGUGCUGAGGAAAUGGGAUGGCACCAGGACGCUUAAGCCGGAAGCGACGUUGGUGAGGGAGCUGGGCGGAAGCAAGGAGGCGGAGAUGGCGCUGAAGGCUUUCAACGCGGCACCAGAGCGGUGGCGGCAGUGGGUUUUGGCGCCGUUAACAGCAGAGGAGGUUGCGGCAGAGUCACCGGUGGUGUGCACCAGGCUACCAGGUGGGCAAAGGUGCCUCUGGGAGAUCUGCGGCAAGAUGGGCAGGAAGGUGGAGCUUCGGGGUCUCAGCGGCAGAGGAGAGCGAACGCCGUGGGACGUAAGGCUGGUGCUGUGCUGUGAUAGUGUGUUACCGGUGAAACUAUCUCAAGCGCGGGCGGUACGGGAGGCUGGGGACCCUAGGGCCCGGCUGCUUAGUUCAUCACUAUUCAAGGAAGAGGUGGUGGUCCCAGUAAGAGGACUCAGGGAGCUGAGCAAGGGGGUGGAGGCGGUGGAAGGGAAGAGGUCGAGUGUGGUGCCAGUGGUUAAUGCUGUCAAGUCGGCGCUCAGCAUGAUGCAGCCAGCAAGGCGGGCUGACAGGCUAGCAGAUUUUGUGUUCGGAGAGGAGGAGACGAAGUCCGGAUUUCUCGAGGCUACAAUGGUGGCAGUGGCGUUACAUCAGGUUUGGUUGGGAAGGUGUGAUGUGUCGCUCCGAAAGGUGAAAAGGUUUCAGGCACGGAAGGUGCUCAGGAGGAUCAACGUCGAAUUCAACAAGCAUGCAAGAAUCUACUGUGGCACGCCAAGAAGGAGGGCACGAAAAGGUAAGGCGAGGUGGAACUUGGCGGAGGAUGAGGCACGUGCCAUGCGGCGGAUAUGUGUCAGCGAGGUGGUGGGGCUGAAGUGGCAAGGCGGUUUCCAGUCCAUCUGGUCGAACCCGAGAACCUUCGUGAAGCCACCGUAA